GUUAAAUUCAAUAAAAUCAAUAGUCAAACAACAGCAAAAUAUAGAGUACGUAACAGCCAAUCAUUUUUCAGGUAUUGAUUAAAGUUCUGAUAUUUAUAUUUGGCAGUUAUAGGACCAUUCGGCAAAAUUUUGCAGAUUCACAAGAAAACAGCAGUUAUUUUUUUUUUUCUUAAAAAAAAGAAAAACAAGAAAUGAGCAAUCUGUAUGCUAUCACUUUGAUUCUCGCCUUCAUGGCUUUGUCCGAAGCUACCAUUGUUUUACAGAAUUUUACCGCGAAACUCGAGUUAAAUGAUAAAACAUCAAACUUCGAGCUUUUAGGGGAACAGAAUUCUCAUUCAUUGGCAAUGUGUGCUGCGAUGUGUCAAGGAGAUUGCGUUUUCUUUGGUUUCAACUCGCAAACGAAGAAAUGUCGUACACACAAAAAGGUUUGCUCGUCUACGAUGACUAAGGAGGACGGCUGGAGAUACUACUCUCAUCAAAGUCAUUCACUUCCCCGCCCUAUCCCCUUAGAUUGUAAGGAUCUAUAUGAAGAUGACAAGGCUUGUUCAGGGGUGUAUACCAUCUAUCCCUAUGGAACCAUUACCAGUCCUGUCCGAGUAUAUUGCGAUAUGACCACAAUGUACGGGGGAUGGACGACAAUUCAAAGACGAGUUACCGGAUCCCCGAGUUUUGACAGAGAUUGGUCAGCAUAUAAAAAUGGCUUCGGUUCACCAGAACAAGACGUCUGGAUGUAUGACAUCACAGUGGUCAUUUAA